AUGACUGAAACACCCGACGAGCUUCGGGAAGCCUUCCGACCUUUCGACACUGGCGACGGUUGCAUUCUGUCAAAAAACUUGAAGUUCGCAAUGAGAGCCCUUGGUUUCGAGCCUCGGAAGGAAGAAGUGCGCAAAAUCCUCUCGGAUCUCGGCAAGAACGACAUGCAGCAAGACAAGGUGUCAUUCGACGAAUUCGUGUCCAUCAUGAGCGCAAGGGUAGGCGACGAUCCGACCGACGAGACUCUGAAAGCCUUCAAGCUAUUCGACGAUGAUAACACAGGCAAGAUAUCGCUUGAAAAUCUGAAAAGGGUAGCUCAAGAGCUCGAGGCUGAUAUAUCAGUUGAUGAACUCCAGCAGAUGAUCGAAGAAGCUGACAAGGACGGUGACGGUGAAGUGAAUCAGCAAGAAUUCAUGCGGAUUAUGAAACGAACUUGUCUAUAUUGA